GCUCCAUUGGCCGAUGUGGAGACGCGCCGUCACCCAGCCCUUUCGUUUAAUGCCUAUUCAUUGGCAAGCCCCUUUAGCUCAAAGGGCCAAUCGGCGUCGAGAAUGCACCCAGGGCACAUAGCAACAAGGGGGUAUUUGCAUAGGCGGUUUUGAUUGGCCGUCUCAUGUAGACGCAUCAUUGCUUGUUUUCGCUGUGAUUGGCUAUGCAAAUGAGGCUUGUUGCUAGGUUUGUUCAUGCAGGGCUGUGCAGAUGGAUGAGUCAUAGCGACUGCAGUAUAAUCGUUGGUGCUCGCCUCUUCGCAAAGACUGGAAAUGCCAGCGUUUUAUUUUUCAAAUAAUGUAGUAACAGUACAGCAUGCCUUAACGCGUGUUAUACGCAGUGAUGUAUAACGCAUAAUGGCACUUUUUAUGUCCGUGUAGUUUCAAACAUUGAAUUAAAGAUCUUGCUUUAAAAUGGUGUAUUUAGUAAUGGGUGAUUUUAAAGAUUUGCAUACAAUAUGCAGCUUUUUUUCUAGCGUAUAAUAUUCCGUAAGAUAACGAAUUUACGCCUUACAUAUGCAUUUUUUUAAUUAGUUAACGGUGACAACUUCAGGAAAUGUGUAUCGUGUUAAAUACAUUUUAAACAGCCGUACACGUGUAUACAGUACCUUCUACAAAAUGUAAAAAGUCAAUCUACUUGCACAUUUAAUUACAUUUCAUGCAAGAUACAGAAUAAAUAUACUGUACUUGAACAUAAAGACUAUCAAGCAGUAUGUACAAGUAUUGAUUUAAGGUUAGCUUACCAUGUCUUGUCAAUUGCCGAAUGUGAGAAUUUUUUGGACGUGUUAGUGCAAAUCUAUUUACAUUUAACACCCUUUAGCUGGUUUUUCAGUUUAUUAAUGUAUAUUAAAUACAUGGGAUAUUGGGAUAUAUACAGAAAUUGUGAGCUGUAUUAUGUCCUGGAAAGGACACUUUCCACAUUGCUCCGAGAGCAUGUGUCUGCGCUUUAAAUAGAAAGACAAGUGGAACAGGUUUGGGAUGUAGCCUCCAAGCUAUAAAUGGACAGACCUGGCACAAUGUGGCCAUGUCUUGAACACACCAACGCGCCGAGAUGGAUGGGGGGGUUAUCAUUUGCAUUUUAAAGUAACAUUUUUAAUAUUCGUCUGGGUGCAGCAAAUAACAAUUUGCGUAUUGCCAAGCGUACCUCAUGUAUUCGUUUACGAUAGUGGAGUAAUAUUGUCAUGUUAUCAGCGUUGGAUUUGCAUUUUUUAAAGGGGAGCCGUAAGCCCAUAAUAGUAGCACCCCCCCUGUCCCUGUUGGGCUGAGCCAAUCGAGUCGGCUGCCUGCGUCGCUUGGGUUUUCUCAUUCAUGUAUACGAGUUGUCGUAUUUUGAGGAAGCUAAGCAAAUUUUGGUCGUUUUAUUUCCAUUUACUUUUGUAGUAUUAUUUUUCAAUUUAGAAGGUAUAUUUUUGCCACGCAUUGACAGGCGCGCUCCCGUAUCCCCCGUGCGCGAGUGCGCCCCCGAUGCCAGUGGCAUGGAAAUCUGCUCGCCGCUAACGACGCGUGCCCGGCCAAUCAGCAAGACAGCGCCGCACGGGAAGGGCUUUUGCCGCCUUCUCAUCCAAUCGCAGCACUGAGCUUUGGAAUAGCAGCGACGGUUGCUAUCUCGUAGGUUUCCAUGUAUGAUGAUUAUUACGAUAGGAAGACCUCUACCUGCAAACUCGUUUUUGGGAUGUUUUAAUGAAUCGGCAUCGCAAGCUUUGAGGAGUGGAUCGCGGCAGAAGCUGUGGCGGAAGACGGGACUUUGACCGAUCGUAAGGGUUUCUCACCUUUUAGACGCUGUCAAAUAGUAUUCACAGUGCUUCAGCGACUAAAGUCAUUGCCAAAAGUAUUUGAUUGCUCUCUGCUUGAAGACAAGUGCGGUACUUUAUUUGUAAAACUUAAUCACGUAUUUGACAGUAUUGUAGUUAAUGGUUAAUUUAUAUAUUUAUGCCAAAACAACCUAGAAAUCUGACCGUUCUUACAGCACAGCACAUCAGUAUUGGCCUUUGACAACUGUAGUUUUAUUAAACAGCUUUUAAAUGUGCUACUUUGUUCUAUAUUGCUAUAACUAAGCAAAAUACAUCUUGGACAUAAAGUUCACAGAAAGGAAUAAGGAAACAUUUGACUCCAGCUGUUGGAUUUACAAGCCGCGGCGAACGUGACACUGAACGCUCAUGAACUUUGUUGGACCUUAAUGAUGCCAACACAAUGAAGCACAGUGGAAUCAUAGUACUUUAAUUCUGUCAAGAACAAACGUAUUUAUCAAUGAAGAAGAUAACUAUUUUGGGCCGAAAGCAUAGGUGGACAAUUUGUCGCUUUCUCUACUCUAUUUUUGCAGUUAAUUCAUAUUCGACUGUGAAUACCGUGGGAAUGAACGCUUAACCACCUUUAAAAGGGAACCAGAAUACAAUUUUCGAUCGGCAAAGCUCAUCCACGACGAGAUCAUCCUAAGGAAUACUUAUUCCGACCUUGGACUUGUGGAUUUAGUUUCCAUGGUGAUCACGUUGUGCUCCUUGACAUCUUCGGCUUCGCACACGAUGCUCGCAGCCCUGACGACAGAGUGGGUGGACCAAGAGCCCUUGGGCUACAUCUGCCCUACGCGCCCCAACAAACCCAGCCAUGGCCAUAGUAUAGAGGAAGCAGCAUGCAAACACUCGUCCUUGCAUCUGUCCACCACCUUCCCGCUCGCUGCUGACAGCAUGUCGUUUUCUCCUCAGCAGCAGUUCAGCGAUCAGCCCAUGGCUCAAGCGCAGCUGCUUCCAGACAUGACAAUCCUGCAGCGACGAAUCCCUCUUAAGUUCCGUGACCCAACCACAGCACCUCUGAGAAAACUGUCCGUCGACCUUAUAAAGACAUACAAACACAUUAAUGAGGUAUACUAUGCAAAGAAAAAGCGGCGAGCCCAGCAGCAGCAAGGGGAAGACUCGAGCCAUAAGAAAGAGCGCAAGGUGUACAACGAUGGCUACGACGAUGACAACUACGAUUACAUCGUGAAGAAUGGGGAGAAGUGGAUGGACCGCUACGAGAUAGAUUCUCUCAUUGGCAAAGGCUCAUUUGGACAGGUUGUAAAAGCAUAUGAUCACCAGGAACAGGAAUGGGUAGCAAUCAAGAUAAUUAAAAACAAGAAGGCCUUUUUGAACCAAGCGCAGAUCGAGGUGCGACUGCUGGAACUGAUGAACAAGCACGACACGGACAUGAAGUACUACAUAGUGCACCUGAAACGCCACUUCAUGUUCCGGAACCACCUGUGUCUGGUGUUUGAGCUCUUGUCAUAUAAUCUUUAUGACCUGCUGCGAAACACCAACUUCCGUGGAGUGUCACUCAACCUGACGCGCAAGUUCGCACAGCAGAUGUGCACAGCGCUACUCUUCCUGGCCACACCUGAACUGAGCAUCAUUCACUGUGACCUGAAGCCAGAGAACAUCCUCCUGUGCAACCCCAAACGCAGUGCCAUCAAGAUUGUCGACUUUGGCUCUUCGUGUCAGCUUGGACAAAGGAUUUACCAGUAUAUUCAGAGUCGGUUUUACCGCUCUCCUGAAGUUCUGCUGGGAAUCCCCUAUGACCUCGCCAUUGACAUGUGGUCACUGGGCUGCAUUCUGGUGGAGAUGCACACGGGGGAGCCACUCUUCAGUGGCUCCAAUGAGGUUGACCAGAUGAAUAAGAUUGUGGAGGUUCUGGGCCUGCCACCUACACACAUGUUGGAACAGGCACCCAAAGCCCGGAAGUAUUUUGAAAGGCUCUCGGAUGGGUCCUGGACUGUCAAGAAAACUAAAGACAGCAAAAGGGAGUACAAGACAGCUGGUUCUCGCAAAUUACACGAUAUCAUUGGGGUGGAGAGUGGUGGUCCUGGAGGCCGGAGGAUGGGAGAGGCUGGGCACACAGUGGCUGAUUACCUGAAGUUUAAAGAUCUGAUCCUGCGCAUGUUGGACUAUGAUCCCAAAACACGAAUAACUCCUUUUUAUGCCCUGCAACACAACUUCUUUAAAAAAACCACUGAUGAAGGAACAAACACAAGUAACAGUGUGUCCACAAGCCCUGCCAUUGAUCAGAGCCAGGGCACUGGGACUGGAACUUCAAACUCUUCAUCGAGUUCUGGUGGGUCAAGUGGCUCCUCUCACAGUGACCGGGCUCGAUCAGACCCAGCGCAGCACCGACACAACGGAAGCAGGCAUUACAACAACGUGGCCCCCACGACGGAAUAUGACGCCCACAACUCCCAGGCGUAUCACCAGUCCCACAUGGCGUGGACCACAGGGGAUUCAUCCACACAGACAAUGUUGUCUCCGGAAAGUGGCACAACAAACUACAAUCACCUCGUGUCUCAGCAGGCUGCUCAUUCUCAUGGCCACCACCGUUCCCAGCACCACCACUCCCACGGCCAUACGUCACGCCAAACAGGGCAUUUUACUCAUGCAAACAACUCCGCAUUGCAUACGAACAAUCCACCGGCUCAUCUGAACAAUCCUCACUCCAAUCCACAGCCAUCCUACUCGCACAGCCAGUUAGUAAUACAGUCCAACACUCAGCCAGGACAUUCAAAUUUCCAACCUACAGGACAGCCAAUCGCUCACCAAGCAUCGCAGAGCAAUGCCAGGCACCGGGCCUUCAGGCAGCAGGUGUCUGAUCCUUCUCCGAAUGUUCUGCUCGGACCGGACCCGUUAGACUGCACCCAGGCUGGUUCGCUCGGCCUGCCUCUUACCUCAGGCCUCCGAACACGAACAGUACUCACAGGAGUGGCUGGGGGCUUCCUCACGGGGACUAGCAGCAGCAGUGCAGCCACUGCCUUGGGAUACCCCUACCCUGCUGCAGGACCAGGACUCUACACAGGAGAGGGCCGCUCUGCUCACUACACGUCCGAUGGACCUCUGGGCUCAAGGCCGGCUCACUACGGGGCAGAUGGACCGCUCAGCUCACGGCCAACUCACUAUGGAGCAGAUGGGCCGUUGGGUUCCCGCUCAGCCCCUGACAGGGAAGACUCUCCCAUGAUGGGCGUGUGUGUUCAGCAAAGUCCUGUGGCAAGCUCCUGAUGACCAUUAUGAAGAAUGCUUUGGAAUGGUGUAUGGGAAUACGAAGAGAGGCUCUGCUGAAAUUCCCAAAGUCAGCGUGUGGGAAUUAAUGCUUAUGAAAUAAAAAGCAUCUUGAGUUUUGGUCUCAGGGACAUAAUAAUGAACUGGUUUGUUGGUAUGGACCGAGUUUUAGCACCUUCCUGAAAACACGGCUUCUCUUCCCCAUACUCCCAGCCGGAGGCCAGAGGGAACACUGAAGGGGCAUGUUGAUCGAGGGCACACUUAUGCAGCAUACGGUGGUCCGAGUGGCAUGUUGAUCGAGGGCACACUUAUGCAGCAUACGGUGGUCCGAGUGGCUAAACAAAUCAAAUGUGCAAAGACCCUUCAGUUCUGCUCUUGCAUGUGGUAGAAAUCCUUCCUUCAUUGUUGGCAGUCGACACUUGUGUGAACAUGCGCACACCUGUUUGAUUGUAUCAGCUUUCCUAUUGUAAAGCAUUGCUCGUCACUUGAGUUUGCUACUUUACAGAAAAAAAGUAUACCUUGACAAAAUUGUGGUACCCAGAGCAGAACAUCCUUUUUGUGCUGUGAUGGACAUCAUGGACAGUUUUAUAGUGAACUAACCAAUGCCAUGAACAGUAUAUACAGUACGUUUCUUCAUUCUCUUGUAAUGUCAUUUUACAACUGAUACCGAGGAGAUGGGGAAUCAGUUGCCCCUUUUACUACACUAGAAUAUACAGUUGAAGCAUGCAAGCCUGCCAAUUCACAGAUUCAUAUUUCCUACAAUCAUGUUUUCCUUCAUCCUCAAUUUAUGUAUUUUGAAAUGACUUUUGGUAUCCCGUUCAGCUUAGUUUUUCUAAAUCGAAUGUGUUUAAUAACUUAUUAAUUUUGUUGACAGCGGUAUUUUUAAAGCUAUUUUAAAAAGUAAAAAAAAACUUAAUGGGGUGAACUGUGGAGCUUCGACGUUCAAACAGAUUGUUUCAUUGGUAACAAGACAACAUCAAUAUCCAAUACCAUGUUUCUCCUUAGUAUUCCUUCAUUUCGACACGCAUCUUUCUUCAACCAUUGAAGGGACUUUUGCUGUCAUUUUUUAGGUGGGAGGGUGGGAGGGGGGGGCAGGUAGAGAACUAUUAGAACCACAUUGUAAAAAAAUGUAUUUCUCAUGCACACUUGCUUAUUUGAUUACUUUUUCUGCUUUUACAGUCAAGUACCCUGCAGGCCUGAUGCUUCAUUUCUCUGUAUAGAUUUUGUUAAUCCGUUACUGGUGGUUGCGUUUCUGUUGAAUUUUUGUAUGGUGCUUUUUUCAUCUGGCGCUUGAAAUACACCCCAUCCCCAAACUGGCAAUUUAAGCAUAACAUUGCUUAGUUUUGAGUAAUGGCUUUGUUUUAAACUUUUUUUUUUAUAGAAAAGAAGGUUCAGAGGAGGUUUGCGAUGUUUGUUUUAUUGGCUUUCUGUAUGAUUUGGUCCAAAAUUACUUUUUAGUUUCCCCCCACAGUAACAAAAGCUUGAACUUUACAAAUCAUGCACACUACCAGUUUGUUCCCUUUAAUUUUAUAUAGCAGAGUUGGAAGUAGUGACAAUUUUAUACAGUGCAGUUAUACAAUUUUAAUUGUUUAACAACCAACUACGUUUUACUUUAGUAUGCAAUUCUUAAAACACCGUAUGUUUAGGGAACAAAAUAAUCCAGUCCACCCUACAACCCUUCCACCAGACAUGUAGCUGUCUUGUUUGUGCUCACAUUGUUUAGGAUUUAGAUUUUUAGCGAUCACUCGGUGAUUUAAGUAGCGGAGGAUGACACAUUGGCAGCAGCACUCUGUACUUGGUUAAACGCCUCAUUAGCUUCAGUAAAUACCUUUGGGACAAAAAACCAAAAUAAAUGUUGCCCAUUUUUCAUUCUAAGUACAUUCAGAUGCUCCAAUUUCAGCAUUGUUCUGGCCUUUGGGUGAUACAGUUGGCUGCUUACAAGCAGCUACAACUGAUGAAGUUAUAGAGCCGUGGAUGUUGGAAGGGUUAAUUGUGUAAGAUGUAGCAGCAGUGCUAAACACUGGAGUGGUGCACUGUAAAUAUAACUUCACGCAUGUGAAAAAAGCUAUUUGACUAUUUGUUGCUUUAAGUGCUUUUAUCUAAAUGACUGUAAAUGGCAAAUUAUGGAAUAACGGUUUCUGUGCUGGAGACUGCUGUAUUAUAAAAUGCAUUAAUGUCUAUAAGUAUUAAAUUCAUUUCUCCAAA